UCCCCAGCCUCACCUCUACAUCUCCCACCAUAUCUCUAUCCAUACAGUAUCCCCUUUAUCAACACGACUGUUGUACAAUCGCUACAGCCAGCCACAGCUACUGGUGCAAUCGUGCUUUGCAUUAUGACUGCAUUCGAGGCUUUAUGAUGUUGUCUAUCCAGCUAUGGCUCUAGACGCGCAUAGCAAUAUAAGCUCCCAGAGCUUCCCAGGAGCUGGCCCCUACGUCCUGCGCACCCUAUUCGCAGAUGUGCCGCUCUCUGAAGACGGUUCUAGAGACGAUAUUAAGAUCAACUGCGUCGAAUAUCUGGAUCGCAACCUCUACGUGGGAACAUCGGAUUCAGAGCUUCUUCACUUCUUCCAAAUCCCCCCAGACCCCGCCGAUCAUUCUGAUGUUCCAACUUUCAUCCUCGCAUCGCGACUCCGGCCUACUUUCUCAGAUCCAGCUGGUGCACCCAAUCCUUCCCGGCCUGGUGUACAAGAGAUAUUGCUGCUCCCUGGUGUUGGGAAGGCGUGUGUUCUGUGUAACUCAACCGUCACCUUCUACUCCCUGCCAGAGCUUAGCCCUGCAUUUAAUGGGCUUCAAGUUAAAAACUGUGGUUGGAUUGGUGGGGUGGAUCUCAACCAGGAUAUCCAAGAUACUAACGGCGCCACGAUAUUGUUGUCUUUGAGUAGAAAAAUACAGGUCGUGAGGAUCGGGGAAGAUGCUCGCGUUAUAAAGAAGAUCGAGUUUACAGGCAGCAAGUUGUCCGUGAGGAGAAAUACCAUUGCCUGCGUUGCCGACUCGAGGAGCUAUGCCCUUUUAGAAAUCGAACGCCAACUCAAGAUUCCUUUGAUGUCGAUCUCAUCCCUAGAUGAGGCACAGCCCGGAACCAUUCUUGGUCAGGCUCAGGAUAUUUCCGCAAGCAGCGGUGGCGGUCUGUUACGGAGUAAUUCAUCCACUCAAGCCCGCCCUCAGAUAGAAACCCCCGAGACACAGACGCACCGGAGAGGCACAAGCUUAGGGAAUCUCAUCUCAAGUGUCCGAAAGCAGGAACAGUAUACCGUUGAUGCCGAGGAACCUGGCAGUCGGUCAGCAACGCCUCCACAGCCCGCAGUCAGCCCAGGUCCUCCAGAGGGAGCAUCUCCGGUUCAGUCAGCUGCUCCUGAUGGAGCAGUCGAAGCUCGAUCAGCUAAGGUUCAUGCGCCCGGGCCUUCUUUCCUCAAACCACAUAUAGUCUCACCAACCCCCGAAGAAUUCCUUUUAGUGACAGGCACUAGUCCGUUGGAACCCGGUAUUGGGAUGUUUGUAAACACGGAAGGAGAACCAACUCGUCCUACCAUCGAGUUUGAUCGCUAUCCUAGGCAAAUAGUGGUCGAUGGAGGAUCCCUAGAUAUGUCAACUUCUCGUCCGUCUUUGGGCCCUGAAGAAGAGAGGUUUGUUCUUGCCUCACUGAGUAAGGAACUAAAAGACGGUAUACACUAUGGCUUAGAGAUCCAACGCUGGGAUGCUGAUGCUGCAGAGGAGGAACCGAUAAAAUAUUGGCUCGAGCCCAACCAAGACAGCACUACAAAAAUCAAAGUGCCCCAGUCACUUGGAAUCCGAUCACUGCUAGGAGCUGACGGCAUAUGCUCCCAAGAAAUUGUUGACCGACUUUGCAGACGUAGAUUUGCUCCGUUCCACUCCGGCACUGUAGAGCCCUCUUCUGUAUCACUUAAAAGUGUCGAUUCACGAACAGCAUCAUCAAUGGAGAGGAUGUCGAGGGAAAAGGAGCUCUUUGACAGAGAUAAUGAUUCCCAAGAUGAUGAGUCCCUGCCCGAAGGGUGGCAGGCAACCCGCAAUACAGAGGAAGUGGAGUUUGCUCGCCGGCUUGCAGGCAUUACGGCUCGCAUGGCAGUUUGGUCCGGCCCCUAUAUCUGGUGGGCUGUGCGCAAUCCUCUGAUACUCCAGCUAGACACCCAACUUGCGGCGACUAGUUCCAUGUCAGACGAAACCUCUGAAAAACGGCGAGAGUUAAUCAAAAUCGUUAACUCAUUUCGCGGGCGUGAUGCUAAAUCAGAGCUAGAAUUCUUGACUUUCAGCUAUAUACGACAACAGGUAGGAAUUCUGCUAUUGAUCAGCUUCCUAAAGUCUAUCAAAAACUCCUUUUCAGAAGCCGAGCUUGAAGCUAUGGAAGAGGUUUUAGUUGACAGUCAACUUGAUCCUCGUGUUGUACUGUCUAUUGUUCCUGGGGUGCGAAAUGAAGUGAUUGAAACACGGCGAGGAAUAUGGAUCUUUGGCGGCGUUAAAAUGACAGCUGAAGAUUUCAUUUCAAGCUCUGAUUUUGAUAAUAAGAGCCAAUCUACCUUGAGUACACUGAAUCAGCCGGUUCUUCAGUUCCUUAGACGCUUCCUUACUACUUGGCGACGGAAAAAGGGGUUCGGUAGCGUGCCUGACGAGAGCGAGGUGUUUCGCACCGUUGAUGCCGCUCUUCUUGCCGUAUUGCUUGAACUAGAUCGGCAUUCACCUCCCGGUCUACCCAAGAGCCGCUCAGUCCGUACCGAAUUGUACGAGCUGGUGGACAGCGGAGUUGAUUGCUUCGACCGAGCAGAAACUUUGAUUGAGUCGUACCAUCGGCUUUUUGUGCUUAGUAGACUCUAUCAGAGUAGGAAGAUGGCUCAGGAGGUACUUGAGACUUGGAAACGCAUCAUCGAGGGCGAAAGAAAUGAAGGCGGCGAAUUUCAAGAUGGCGAACUCCGCGUGCGCGAAUAUUUGACUAAAAUCAGCAAUCGAAACCUUGUGCAAGAAUAUGGCAUCUGGUUAGCAAACAGAAACCCAAAACUUGGUGUUCAGGUUUUUGCAGACGACAAAGGCAAAGCUGCCAAGUUUGAACCAACUUAUGUUGUCGAACUUCUCCGGGCGGAUGCCCCAGAAGCUGUCAAGUAUUACCUCGAGUUUCUGGUGUUCGGCAAAGGACAUACAAUCUAUGUCAAUGAGCUGAUAACGUACUAUCUCGAUGUUGUGGUAUCACAAUUACAAACAUCAUCUGAGGCUCGGGACGCUAUACUUUCGACAUAUGACGCAUAUCGGGCACUACAGCCGCCAAAACCUACGUAUCGGCAAUUUUUAACAGAUAAUGCCCCGGCUAAUGACGAGGCAUGGGAAAGUCGGUUACGUCUCCUCCAGCUUCUCGGUGGCAAAUAUGAGUACAACUCCGUGAUGAUAAGAAAUCGAAUCUCUAGUCUAAGUAGUGUCGCCGAUGACUUGCUGGUACCAGAGACAAUCAUUCUUGAUGGCCGAGAACGAAACCAUGAGAAUGCCUUGCGUCUUUUAGUCCACCACCUUGGAGAUUAUGACACAGCAGUAGCGUAUUGCUUCCGUGGUGGCGCAAGCGUUUACAGUAUUUACCAAGUUGAGAAACAAAGCCCCUCUCCAGUAAGCCCUGCAGGCGCGAAAGCGUCACAACGGCGAGAGAGCGUAACACCAACGCAAACUGAGCAGGCCCGACUAUUUCGAUCUCUAUUAGGGGAAUUCCUUCAGCUCCAGGAUAUCAGCGACCGUGUAGAACAGACAAGUCUACUCCUCGAAAAAUUUGGCAGUUGGUUCGAUGUGACCGAUAUACUAUCAGUAAUACCAGAUAGCUGGAGUGUAGAUCUGGUCGCUGGAUUCUUGGUGAAGGCACUUCGACAAAUCGUUGUUGAGAAGAACGAAACUUCAGUCGCGAGGUCCCUAAGCUCUGCGCAGAACCUCAGAAUUCAGCACGAUUUGAUCGUGAAGAUUGAAGAGAAAGGGCCGAGCAUCGAGAGUUAAAAAAUGGAAUAGCAGUCACCCCGCCAUCUGGGAAACAACAUUUUCCAAUAGCCGAUCUAAUCCAGCGUUAAUAAUUCUUGAGUUCAGUGUAUUCCUUAUCCUCCCACCUGUGUAAAACUCCGAAGCUCGCGAUCUCAAUAUGGUCAAAAUCGUCUAAACCCUUUGCAGAACAGGUCGCGAAAUCUUCGUCACCUGACUGGCGACUAUUAUCAUCACACAUACAGUGGUCGCCGAUCCCUCUUGUCAUCCCAUUCUGGUCACUGCCGUACUCCUUCGGGCCUUUAUAACGGCAAACCACAUCAGCUAUAGGCCUGACGUGGAAUACUGAAGUUGGACAUUAAACGAGCGCUUGCCCAGUUCUCGGGUGGUGCAGCAUCAUGCCCAGACUUCUUGGUGGCACUUCGCGUCACUUCUUUACUCUUUUGACUCACAUGGGAUUGGAUAACAUCAUGAAGAAACAAGUCCAUAACAAUACUAAAAGUAGACUUACCAGCUCUAGACAGGCUCUCCUCGGAGUGUCAAGUUUAAAGCACCGAGG